GCUGUUUCACGUUGUGGCAAUAAUCACAACAGGAUAGCUCGAUAUGCGCAAGCCGUUGUUGAUGAAGCAAUGUCGAUAUCACUGCGUCUGAUCUCCGAUCAACGCUAUUCGAUGAUAGAGGAGGAUGCGCAAUCAACACCGAAUGACCCGGAUGCUCGGACACGGGCCUGGAACAAAGCUAAAACCGAAUUCAUCGAUAAAAUCUACCAGAAAUAUGAGGGAGCAAUUAGGAGCAGAGCUAAUCUAAGGUGUCCAGCUAAGAUCGACAACAAGCGGCUCCUGCGCAAAGUACGUCGACGUUUACUUUGA